CCCACGAAGGCCUUGUGACAUCACAGGCCAUCGGUGACAGCACUGUGGGGCUGCUGGCACCAUCACCCACUCAGCGUGCAGACAGCGGUGCUGCUCGUGAUGGCCAGAGAUCAAGCCCUCAGAAGGAGCAGCAAAAUGCUCAGGCCGGGGCUCUCCCUUGUCUUCCUGCUCUGCGUGGCCUCUCUGCUCCCUGGCAGCCUUGGCUGUUCCAGCCGGCCCUCCUGGGCCACGCUUAUGUGGGACGUGGCUCCUGAGGACCUGGAGCACCAGGGCACUGGUACGGAGAGCCAGUGCUCCUACCUGCCCUACCUGCUGGGCCAGCUUCGGUCCUCCCUGGCCAUGCUGGAUGCAACUUUUCGGUCCGUGGAGGUGCUCUACGGGAGCAGCCCAGCCCUGUGCGUGCUCGGCGGGGUUUCCCUUUGGAGGAUUUGCGUAUGGAGGAAAGCCAGGAGACGCCAGAGGGAGGAGGCGAGCAAGACGCCCUCAGCUUCCUCAGGGACGUGCUGCCACUGUGGGUACUCCUACAACACCUAUGAGGUGCUAUGCUGGAUGGAAGGAAACAUCGUCCUGAUGCAGAAGCACCUGAGAGAGCUGCUCCUCCGCCACCCAAAAGCUGGCAGGACCCAGAGAGCCAAAAAGAAGAGAAAGGUGGAAGACACGGAAGAGGAGGAGAGCAUUUUCUCCAUCUGCCUGGAGAGCCACGGCUCCCAAGGAGGCUCUGGCAGGGAAUCGGGGGGGAUUGCUCCCCAGUGAAUAAAGUGUGUGAAACAAAACAAUGGAGGUUGCGUGUAUUGUCUACAUCCACCCCUGGUACGCAUGUCUCCUGGGAAAGUGGGAGAGGAGAGGGAAAGAGAAAAAGAACAAGAGAGGUAAUCUGAAGUGGAGAGCCACCACUCACCGCCUCCCAGAAGCAGACCAAUGGCCAGCCAGUGUCUGAGCAAUGGCUACUCUGUAAGGCCAAACCGACAGGUUUGACUUCUGAGUAUGACAUUCCACGGUGCUCACUUUGGGUCAGCUGUCCCAGCUACACCCUCCCUCCACCAUCAGCUGCCCCCUCCCAAGCCUUCUCGUGGUGCCUGUUUGUCUCAAGUCACAUCCAAAACAGCAGCAUGGGGGUUGCGCUGGACAAAGUCACAUACCUCCCAGACAGGC